AUGGUUCCCACACCCCUGAACAUUCCCAAGGUGCCAAUCUCCACCGUGUGGUCCCCUGGACUGCCUCCGUCCUCAGUGUUGUACACCCAGCACCUCCACCAUGGGCUUGUCGUCUCACGUUCUCCCCCUACUGUCUUACGACAGGCUUUCUUUACCCUCCACCUUACUCGUCUCUCUUCCCUUGAUGGGUGCCAGUCAUACCGCUGUGUGGUCCCCCAGACGAUCCUACUUGUUUGUCCUCGGUGUCCCACACCCAGCACUUCCAAAACUGACUCUGACAGGUGCCAGUCUGCACUGUGUGUGUGUGUCCCCUGCCUGUGUCCCCAGUGUCCUUUGCCCAUUCCUCUUAUUUUCUGUCUUGUUGACAGGUGCCAGUCAGCGCCGUGUGUGUGUGUCCCCUGCCUGUGUCCCCAGUGUCCUUUGCCCAUUCCUCUUAUUUUCUGUCUUGUUGACAGGUGCCAGUCAGCACCGUGUGUGUUUGUCCCCUGCCUGUGUCCCCAGUGUCCUUUGCCCAUUCCUCUUAUUUUCUGUCUUGUUGACAGGUGCCAGUCAGCACCGUGUGUGUGUGUCCCCUGCCUGUGUCCCCAGUGUCCUUUGCCCAUUCCUCUUAUUUUCUGUCUUGUUGACAGGUGCCAGUCAGCACCGUGUGUGUGUGUCCCCUGCCUGUGUCCCCAGUGUCCUUUGCCCAUUCCUCUUAUUUUCUGUCUUGUUGACAGGUGCCAGUCAGCACCGUGUGUGUGUGUCCCCUGCCUGUGUCCCCUGUGUCCCUCGCCCGCCCCUCUUAUUUUCUGUCUUGUUGACAGGUGCCAGUCUGCACUGUGUGUGUGUGUCCCCUGCCUGUGUCCCCAGUGUCCCUCGCCCGCCCCUCUUAUUUUCUGUCUUGUUGACAGGUGCCAGUCUGCACCGUGUGUGUGUGUCCCCUGCCUCUGUCCCCAGUGUCCUUUGCCCAUUCCUCUUAUUUUCUGUCUUGUUGACAGGUGCCAGUCAGCGCCGUGUGUGUGUGUCCCCUGCCUGUGUCCCCAGUGGCCCGCACCUCGUCUCUCGUUCUCCCCCUGGUGUCUCCUGACAGGCACCACUCCACCACACUCCACUCUCCUCUCCCUGGCCGCGGCGCGAGUCUUCGGGUCCAUUGUCUGCCCCCCGCCCCUCCCCCACUCGCUCGUGCUCCUGCGCCGCCUCGGCUCUUUAAACGGCGCCGCUCCGCCGGCCUGCGCUGCUCGCUCGCUCGCUCAUCUUUCCCGUUUUCGCCGGUGGCUGUGGAUUUUUUCUUUUGGGUCACCAAUUGCUUUAUUUAUUUAUUUUUUCUUGUUUUCUUUAUUGUUUGAACGCCGAGGCCUUCCGCACAUGCUAGCCCUGGCUCGGUAG